AUGUUUGGUGGUACGCACGACGCCACCGGGCAGACCGACUACACCACCUCCACCCUGAUGGGCUCCGCCACCUACGGCUACCACGGCAGCGGCGACGUCGGCAGGCGGUGCAUGCCGCUGCUCCGGGACAUGAGCUACGAAGAGCUACCGGAAACGGAGGGCUUCCGGUCUCUGCCGGACGUGUGUGACCUGGGCGCCACGUCACCGGACGACGACAGCUCCGACCUGCGCGUCCGUUCUGCGCAGGAGAUCUACAUGUCUCACGCUCUGCGGCGGAUAUCGUACGCCACGUGUGACCCGAGCCGGGGUCAGUUCUCUUUCCUGGCCCGGGAGCCGCGGGGCCACCUGAACCUGCAGUACUGCCACACCUUCUUCACCGGCUCUGCCGACAAGGGAGGACAUCGACAACGACGCUCACUUCACGCCGUUCAGUGCACGUGCACUCAGUUCCCAUGUCUCUUUGUGAAAGUGCACGACCUCAGCAACUACUGA